UCUCCUACACUCAAAACAGAUGACAGCAUUGACUUGAAAGAUCAAGGAGAAUUGACAGUACUACCGCAGCGACUCUCGACAUAUCAUUUCUAGACUUUGUCUGAUUUAAACUCGACAUUAUGGCCACUUGCAGACCGAGAACCGUUUGCUUUCAGACACACAGGCGACCGUUCAGCUGGUAAAUCGCUGGUAAUGCAUUUUUCUCAGCAUAUGUCUGAUUUUCUCUUAUAAACGGAUGUGUCAUCAUCAGCGCACGGAGCCCUUCUCGUUAUUGAGCAUGUUAACCGCGUGACAGCGGGCUGUUCGAAACCUUCACCGACGCUAAACGGCAAAUCGCCCACUGAAGUUGCAGCAAUGGCUUCGGCGCUGAGCUGCUUCAGUGGUCCCGAGGUGUUGGAGGACGUCAAUCACGCUCGGGCUCUGAUGAAGGAGCUGAAGUUGCUAUACGAAUGUCGGCUGCUCGGAGACGUUACUAUCGGAGUCGAGUGUGAUGAGGAGGAGGCUUUGGGGCACGGCGGCGAGACGGCCAGAGGUGACAUUGACCAACUUUUCCUGUGUAGCCGCAACGUCCUCGCCGCCGCCAGCCCGUACUUCAAAAGCAUGUUCACCGGGGGCUUAAACGAGAGCGUGCAGGAGAGAGUGGUCAUCCGCGGGGUGGACGCCGAGUCCAUGUCCGUCAUCAUCGACUACUGUUACACGGGCAGGGUGACCAUCACCGAGGGCAACGUCCAGAGGCUGUACGCCGCGGCCAACAUGCUCCAGCUGGAGUACAUCAGGAAAGCCUGCUCCAGCUUUAUGACAAGGAGGUUGGACCUCUCUAACUGUGUGGGGAUGCUGAAAUUUGCAGACACCUAUGACAACCCCGAGCUGAAGGACAACGCGCAAGCUUUCAUAGCCAGGAACUUCAGCCAGGUGUGCAGUGGAGGGGAGCUGUGUGAGCUGGACUUGAUGCAGCUGAAGGAGCUGCUGUCUCUGAACACCCUGGACGUGGACUGUGAGAGGAAUGUAUGCUCGGCCGCUUUGCAGUGGAUAGAGGCCAAUGCGCCACAGAAAAGGGAGGACGCGUUCCAGGCGCUGAAGUGCGUCCGCUGGAACCUGUUUGCGGAGAAGGACAAAUGCUACCUGGAGGGCCUCAUGGCGAGGCCUGUAAUUGAAAAAUACCUGGCAUCCUUCUUCAACAGGUCCGCAGAGGACGGCUGUGGAAUGUCUGGAACUCUGGAUGCACCGAAGCACAGAAUAGGCGUGAGCGCAAAAGAAAUGAUUCUCUUCUUCGGCCUACCCAACGACAACAUAAUGUGCUGUGAUCCGUAUUCAGAGGACCUGUAUUUCAUGGCUCCUCCUUUAGAAGACCUCAGCAGUCAGGAUUACAAACGUUCCACCAUGGAGUCCUUAAUAGCCUGUGCCACACCUGAAAACAACUUGUUCCUAGCCUCCCACCUCUCAAAACACUUCUGGCUGUACAACCCUGUGCUCAACAGCUGGCAGGAGUUGGCAGAGAGACCACUGGGGAGGAUACACUCUGGGAUGGGCUACCUCAACGGCCAUGUGUACCUUCUGGGAGGAAGAAAUCCAGUGACAGAUGCCAGACUGAAGGAGGUCGAGUGUUACAGCGUGCAGAGGAACCAGUGGACGUUUGUGGCUCCUCUGCCUCACUCUUUAGGUAAAAUGCAGGUGGUGGCGCUAAAUGACCACUUGUAUGUGGUGAACAAAAGGAGAAUGCUCUGUUAUGAUCCCAAGAGGAACCGCUGGCGCCACUGUGGCUCACUGAGAAGAGACAAGCUUCACAAGGCCUGCGUGUUUCAGGACCAGAUCAUCUGCGUGUGUGACAUCCCUGUGGUGAAAGCCUACAGCCCCACCAGGGGGGAAUGGAAGAGGCUGGGUGACAUUCCCAUCGACAGCCGUGCUCUGAAUUACCAGGUGAUCCAGCACAACAGCAAGCUGCUCCUCCUCACACAGACUUUGCUGCAGCACAACAAAAACAGGGUCCUCAUCCACGAGUACGACCCAGCCAGGGACACCUGGAAGAACGUCAUGGCCGUGUAUGUGUCCACCCUGGGGCCCGUGUGUGUUUCAACACGCGUGUACCCAGCAUGCCUGGGCUCCGCGCACAGCUUCUCUACAGAGGAGGACGACGACAGUGGCUCCAGUGCCGACUGGGACUUUGAUGGGUUGACGGACGCGGACUCGGACUCUGGCAGCUCAAGCUCUUUCUCGGAUGAAAACUGGUAGUGACAAUGUGUUCCUGUGUCAAAGAAAAGUUUAAUUUAUUUAUAAUUUAAUGGAUUUUUACAGGGUUCUGUCUGCCAGGAGAGGUCACGCAUCCGGAUUCAAUUCAGUAUUAAGACCAGUCAUGUACAGUAGAAGCCAUCACAGCCUUUACUUCACCCGUAUGGCUGAUGGUUAUUUAGAAAAGGAGAUAAAAAAAAUAAAUUAAUUAAAAGUGUGAGGACAAAAUGCCAAGAGACAAGGGCUUUGUUCUUCAUUAUGGAUCAUGUCCUGCUAGCAUGAAGGACAGUAUGAUGUCUGGUGUCUUGUUUGCACAUCAACUCAAGUCAGGCACAUGAUAGAAGUAUAGCUGUCCAGCAGUUGGUUCCCCGGUGGAGUGGAUGAUCUGCCUUCAUACUUUGGCACAUUAGUAAGGGCAGCUGAAUGAGGGUAAACCAGAAGUGUUCCACUCCAUAAAAUUAGGGGAACUGGCGAGAGACAAAUGAACAGAGAAUGUUCAAAAAUCAAAGCAGCUGUAACUUGUCUGUAAGGUCACGCUUAAAAAAACACUGAAUCCUACACUUCCCAUAAUGCAGUGGUUUCCAAACUGAGCCUUUGCAGUGAAGAUGCACAAGACCAAAGGAAAAUUGUGGAAUGAAACUAAAGUGUAAUAUACUUUUUCACAUCAGAGACGUUUUAACUUAUCAAACACAGGUGUUACUGACGAGAUAAUUAAUUGGCGGAACUUAGCCAUGGUUAAUGUAGUUACGUCCAUCUUUGCGCUUCCUGCCAGGACGAGUCAAAAUGUUUGUGAAUAUAAUUGCUCUGAUGCCACCAAGGCUGUUGAGAUUCAUGCAGGGAGUAAAAUGGCAUUUAAAGUACAGGAUUCACAGACUUUUGACAGGGAAGAAAAGGAAAAAUGGUGACGCUCGUCAAUCAAAUCCAAAAUACAAAGACAUCCGUUCUUGCUCUUGAGUUUACUGUCAAUAUUGCAGGCGAGCUUUGUGUCUUUUGUGUGUAACGCCUCAGUUAGCUAUUUUCCUAAGGGGGACUUUACAAAAGGGUGUUCUACUGGCUUAAUGCAUAUAAAUUGCUUUUUUUUUUGUCAGAACCACACACUCCUAGCUUGCAAAGCAGCAGGUAUUUCUUUAUACUCGACAAUGCUCCUCCAGAGCUACAAAAGACAUCACAGGUAAAACUGUUUGCACUAGUACUCCCCAUGACUAGUAACUAACUUACUUUAACAUGUUAAAAUGGUGGAAAGCUCCUUUAAUGCUUGUGCUGUGUUAACGUGUGUGACAGAAAUAAUCGCUAAUAACGUUUUAUUUAGCUUGAAGAAAAGAGCACACCUGCUAAUGACUGGUGUAAAAUCAUAAUUGUGACUUUUGGGACAUCGGGCAGCUCAAGUGCUCAUGUUUAUGACAGACAACUGGUCAUUUACAGGGCUUUACAAGUCGCUGUCCUUUUUACGUGGGUGAUGCCCACCGAGACGUCACACACAGCUGGUGUUGUGAAAACUACAGUAUGAAAUGCAGAAGCCAAUGCACUGUAUGCUCACUCAGGUUUAGGCUUCAGCCUGUAUGCCAUGAUUGACUUCUUUUUUUUAGAUGUAGUAUAAUGAGCUGGUUUUGGUGACAAAAGAUACAUUUUAUGAAGUUUAUUUGAAAUUAUGCUAUACGGAGUGUAUGUGUGUGUGUUUUCUUAUCUAUGAUUUUUUUUUUUUUUUUCCUUUGGUAACUUAACAUUUUUGUCACAGUCAGGAAUCAAAAGUCACCAGUGUCUUGAGUAUUGUUUGGUCCUGAUGAAUUGUUUCAGUUGAAGGAUAUUUUGUCUGCAUGUAAUAAAACUCUUUGGAAGCCAUUGUCCUCCCCGGCCACCCCGUACGCUCAUUAACCAGUUUAUUAGCUGUGUUGAAACACACAGAGGUCUCUGAUCUGUUGCAGACAAAAUACCAGAACCACCUCUCAGUUUACAGCUCAUAGCAUCGACACCUCUGUAAAGCAGUUUCUACAAACACUGAACAUUAAAACCUUCAUGAACGUAGGGAUUGUUACAGGGCUGUUGAAUGAGAUUGUGCUUGUUUUAGCUGUUUUAGUUGUACCAAAUACACUGGUCAAUGAGUGUAGCUCUCACAGUUGUGUCCCUGUAUGGUGGAUAGAAGUUGCAUUGUUAUAGUGUGUGUGUGAGUGCGUGUGUGUGUUUUUGAAGGUGAAGGGGUGAUUGCUUGUGGUAUGGUCUGGAUUAAAAGCUGUUUUGGUGUACAGUAUGUGUCAAAUAAAUAUCGUG